AUGGACGGGGAAGCGCCGGCGCCCAGCGCGCAGGCGACUGAGACGCCGCCGCCCAAGAAGCGAGCGGCUAAAAAAACAGCAGUGGCUAAACCAAAGACAAAGAAGCCCAAGGCCGCGACAACCGAGACCCUAACUGCAGCGACAACCGAUGCGACUAGCAAUGAAGGAGCGACUGUCGCCGUGGAUGGGUCAGCAGAGCCCAAGCCAGUGGCGUCGUCCGAGAGCCCGGCCAAAAAGAAAAAGAAGAAGGCGGCGAAGAGCGUCAAGGCGACCAAGUCUGCGCCAGUGACGCAAGAGGCAGCAGAUGCCAAGCCGGCCGACCCUACGACGGCGUCGAGCGCAGAAUCCCUCGCGUCCGAAAACCCAAGCCCCAGAAUCGGAGUAGACACGACUGUCCUGCUACCACCCACGUCCGAGAUUGCAACCAGCCCGAACGAAACGCUGUUGGCGCAACCCGACGUUGUUGCCAGUGAGGAGCCUGACUCGCUACAUCCAUCUGUGACGAAGGGGCUGCCUGCGUCGGGCGCAGUAGAGUCAAACUAUGACGUGGCGCUCGCACCUGGCACCAUUUCGAACAAAGUCUCAGGUGGCGAUCUUGCAAAGCCACCGGGUGAGCCCGAGCCCGAGGAAAAGGAGCCCUCGGAUAGCACCCCGCUAUUGCCCACCGAAUCGCCUACCAUCAAUGCACCGGACGACGACGUCGCCGACACAGAGCAAAGUGCUCUAUCUACCCAACCUCGAUCGCUCCGACUCCAGCCCCGACCUUCCAGCGAUGCAAAAGGGCCAGCCUCUGCAUCGACAUCGUUUCACAUCGCAGCGUCUGACAUUGAAAACGACACAACACCAAUGCCGUUGCCUCGGCCAGGCCCAUACCUCGCCGUCGAUCUCUUGGACGGCAGCGCACGCGUGCUUGAAAACAGCGGCCCAGUGCGCGUCUUUGUCGAAGGACUCACCACGGGAAUGUUCCUCCCUCUUCGACGUUCCCAUGGGCAUCGCUUCGACGCCAGCGACGAUCAGGCCCGGCUUUUACCCCGCGACCAAGACGACGACGACGAGAACGAAGACGAGCACGCGUGUAAUGAUCCCAACGCGCUCUUUGAGGCAGCCGUGGCCAACUUGAAGGCGGCGGAGCAUAUCAUUUACGUGCUUGUUCAAGGCCUCCUUGGCGGCGCAGGUCUCUGGUACGUCGUGAGCGUCCACGACGUCGCUGCCAUUUGCGCACUGGGCUCGACGGUCAACGAAGCUCGGCGCCUCUUCUUCGUCGCCUCCAGAUAUCCUUUGGACGACAUUGGCUCUGUUUUAUAUGACUCUUUUGUGCAAUCGUCUGCCUUCUUGGCCGAGACGCCGCGCUUCUCGUGGAGCUGGCAAGUGGUCUUGCUCGGCGGUAUGCUUGUCUGCUACAGUCUGGCCAUGGUGCUCGUCGUGGCAGCGUCGCCUCUCAUCGCACAAGUCUCGGUCGCGGCAAAUGCAACUUGGUAG